UUUAGCUCCAUUUCGGAUUUGUGGAACGAAUGGAACGUCCGAGGCUUUGUCAUGCUAAGCCUCUUGCUUCAAGUCUUUCUCAUUCUAUUUGCACCUCUUAGAAAGAAAAUAACGAACGAUUGCAUCAUUUCCCUCUUGUGGUUGGCCUAUUUAAUGGCUGACUGGGUAGCUGCAUUCGCGAUCGGGCUCAUCUCUCACAACCAAGGCAAUUCGGCCACUCGUGUAGCUGAAGUAAACGGAGCACUUCAGGCAUUUUGGGCCUCAUUUCUCUUGUUACAUCUUGGCGGUCCGGACACAAUCGCUGCCUUCUCUCUGGAGGAUAGUUCACUUUGGUGACGACACCUACUCAGUCUCAUCUUCCAAGGAAGUGCCGCCAUUUAUGUCUUUGUGCAGAUAUUUCACAGCGACAAGUCACUGGUGAUCCCAACGAUGCUGGUGUUUCUUGCCGCGGUCAUUAAAAAUGUGGAGAGGACAUUGACACUUAAUCUCUCGAGCCUCCCGAGGUUUAGGGAACGGGUACUCUCACAUCACAAGUACUCGAAUGAUUCACAAAUCAGGUUGGUUGAAGAACUCAAUGAUCUAGGGAGUGGAUAUUCUGAGGGAGAAGAAGCAAAGCUUGCCGAGAGCAUUGUGGUGAAGCAUGCUCGCCACUUCUUUAAUAUCUUUGAUGUCUUCCUCACAGAUCUCAUCUACUCAUAUGAAGAACGUGCAAUGAGUUGCGAAUAUUUCCACAAAGUUUCUGCAAUGGAUGCGUUGAGGGUGAUAUCAGUCGAACUUAAUUUCUUUUACGAGAUGCUCCACACAAAAGCGUUGACAAUACAUUCCAGGCUGAGCUACAUUUUCCGCUUCAUAGCCUUCGUUGAUGUUGUGAUAGCUUUCAUCCUGUUCAAUCGCUCGAAGAAGCAUCAACUCCCCGAUCUCGAUGUGGAAAUUACUUAUUUCCUUCUCUUCGGAGGGAUUGCACUUGAUAUGAUAGCUCUGUUCAUGCUCGUUUUCUCCGAUUGGACUGUUGCUAGUAUCAAGUGGGACAACACAACGUCAUCUAAACUACAUUCAUUUCUCCGCAAGUUUGUAUCUGCCAUGGAUAACCUGAGGAAGCCCCGAUUCACCACAUGUAAAGUCGAGCCUAACACCAACGUUACUUACGAGGUCUUAGAUACACCAUUAAUAUUUCGAAGGUGGUCAGAGUCCAUCUCUACCUGCAACCUUUUCUCUGAGAGCUUGGAUGAGAGUCCAAGAAAGAUGCCUAAGCACAAUCAGCGGUGGGCCAUCAUUGCUUGUUCUAAUAUCCGCAGUUUUGUACUCAGUAUGGCUGUGAAGAUCAUUCUAGCUAUUGAGGGAAUCACUAAUCAAACGAGAGCAAUCUCUCGUCCAAUCAAAGCAAUCUGUUGUCUUCCAGUGAUGUCAAUCUUUCUUCUAACGAUAAUAAUCUAUAAAAUUAUCCCGGGAGAGAGAAGAUUUAUGAUUGCAAAUACGAAGAAUGUGUCCAAGAAUCCUUUUAUGAAGAAGCUAUGGAUCUUUAUCUUUAAGGAAGUGAAACGUAAAUCCAAGAAAGCGGAUAAUCUAAAAGACGUGAAGAAGAUAGUUGAAUCUAGUGGUGCUCUAUUUCUUGAGAGUAGACAGGGGAAGAUUGAUUGUAGCAAUCUUUUAAAGUAUGUCACCGAGGCUAAUUACGAUGCCACUAUUUUACGGUGGCAUAUUGCUACUGAAAUGUGGUACAACAGAGAGAAAGCCACCAAAAGAAAUGAUGAAAGAGAAUUCAGCAAGAUCCUCUCCGAUUACAUGUUGUAUCUUUUGUUUAAUCAGCCUAAUGUGGUGUCCGCCGUGGCGGGCAUUGCCCAAAUCAUAUCAAUGAAGAUGUCAGUCAAGAUAUUGGCCUAUCUCCAAGAUAAGGAAAGGAAUGUAGAGUGGAUAUGCAAUAGAUUUUUUGAAAAGGCUGGGGACUUGCAUUUCCUCAGUGACACCGAGAGCGACAAAUGGAGAGACCCACUCAAGGAGGGGAUCGAGUUGGCCCGCGAGAUGGAAAGCUUCGGGGAAAUGAAGUGGACAGCGAUGAGCGGAGUGUGGGUGGAGUUGUUGUCAUAUGCAGCGAUUCAUAUCAAGGGAGAGGCACACGUGCAGGUGCUGAGCAAAGGUGGAGAGCUUCCUACCUUUGUUUGGCUGUUAAUGGCUCAUUUUGGUUGUUUCUACAAACCUGAAUUGGGCAUGCAUUAUGAACCCUUCAGGACUUUCGGACCGGGAUAUUAA